AUGGCAGUGGCAUCUGCCGCCGCGCCCGCUGCCGAGACGUCCUACGAGACCAGGUCCAUGGACCCCGGCCUCGCCCUCGGUGGGCGUUCCGCCGCCGGCCCCGCCGGCCGCGUCUUCAAGUGGCGCGGCCGCCGCCUCGGCUGGACCGAGUUCGCGUACAACUUCAGACACAAGAGCGUGGGGAUGUGCGCGCCGAAGAAGAAGCUGGUGGUGCCGGAGAGUGUGUGCGGCCGACCGCUGGGGCUGCAGUUCCACCACGAGUCCGGCGACCUGUACGUCGCCGACGCCUACCUGGGGCUGUUGAGGGUGCCGGCGCGCGGUGGGCUGGUGCAGGUGGUGGCGACGGAAGCCGGCGGCGUGCCCUUCAACUUCCUCAACGGCCUGGACGUCGACCAGAAGAGCGGCGACGUCUACUUCACGGACAGCAGCAGCACAUACCGAAGAAGCGAGUACCUACUGGUGGUGGCUCUGGGCGACGAGACCGGGCGGCUGCUCCGGUACGACCCGCGGACGCGCCGCGUCGCCGUGCUCCACGCCGGCCUGUCCUACCCGAACGGCGUGGCCGUGAGCGCGGACGGGUCGCACGUCGUGGUGUCGCACACGGCGCUGUCCGAGCUACGCCGGUACUGGGUGCGCGGGCCCAAGGCCGGCAGGAACGAGACGUUCGGGGAGCUGCCGGGGUUCCCGGACAACGUGCGCUCGGACGGGCGGGGCGGGUACUGGGUGGCGCUGACUCACGGUGGCGACGACGGCGGCGCCGCGCCG